UUAAUGGCGGGUUACAGUUUCAUCCCGCCGCGCUGCUUGUCUACACAGGUGACUGGUGAAUGAAUAAGACGCGCAUUCAUUCAGUCCACGCCGAAGCGCGCAGACUGAGCGCAACGUAAAGAUAAGCGACAGGAUUUAGUAACAUCGCCGGAGGAGCCCCCGAGUCAUUACUACAUUGUCCACACGCCACCUCCUAUAUCUUUGCGUCCUUCCUUUGUUAAAGUGAUACUGUCUUGCUUCAUCAACACAGUGAUCUUGUCGCACUUCAGGCGCGGACAGCAUGACAGGCGGACUCAAGGACAGCGAAACUGACGAGACAUUUCUGCAAUUGCCGUUUAUUAGGAAACAAGGAAACAUUUACAAACCUAAUAACAAAAACAUGGAUAACGACAGUAUGAGCGGGAUGAAGACGAUGCAGGACGUUCAUACGAAAGAGAUCGACCUGGUGAACCGGGACCCUAAGCAUCUAAACGAUGAGGUGGUCAAGGUGGACUUUGAGGAUGUGAUCGCGGAGCCCGCGGGGACAUACAGCUUCGAUGGCGUGUGGAAGGCCAGCUUCACCACCUUCACGGUGACCAAGUACUGGUGCUACCGUCUCCUCACCGCCCUGGUGGGCAUCCCGCUGGCCCUGGUCUGGGGCAUCUUCUUUGCCAUCCUGUCCUUCAUCCACAUCUGGGCGGUGGUGCCCUGCAUCAAGAGCUACCUGAUCGAGAUCCACUGUGUCAGCCGCGUCUACUCCAUCUGCAUCCACACCUUCUGCGACCCGCUGUUUGAGGCCAUGGGCAAGUGCUGCAGCAGUAUCCGCAUCAGCACCACAAAGGAGGUGUAAAAAAAAAGAAUGAGUGGGAGCGAGACAAAGAAAAGGGUGAGGGUGAGGGGGAGACGGAGAGGCUGACGGGAAUGAGAAGGCGCAGAUUUUAAAAGGGGGAGAUAUUACUAGAUGAAAAAGAAGAGAGAACCACCUCGGGUAAAAGAAGAGGUGAGACAUUUUCAGUUCUGUUGUGGGGAUUUUGGAGGCUAGGGGGCGGAGUCAGACAGAGAGCGUCUGGCCCCGCCUCCCUUUAUCGUCUCCCUCGACAACAAUUGUUUCUCUCCCCAUUGCUGAUUUGACCGCCAGGAGCAAAGGAUUACAUCAGGGUUCAUUCCCUGAAUUUAUUUUUGUUAUAUUUUUUUUUUAUUAUUGUUCAGUAUUCGUUUAUUUUUAUCACUGCAGGAGCACCACCACACUAGUCCCACACCCCAUCCAUUCCUUUCAUUCUUCCAAAAUGUUGUGAUCCUCUGGUCAUAUCUCCCUGUAUGGGGAUAGUAUUGAUUGGACAGUUAUUUCAUCGAUUGAUUGGUUGAUUGAUAGGCUUAUGUUAGUGCCCUCUAUGCUGGUUUUGUCGUUCUUUUGAGGCCUGUACUUUGACACAGGUGGUUUGGGUUGGGGGGAGGGGGGUAUCCCUAAGCCUGUCCCAGUGCGCUGUUUGCAGUGAGCUGACAAAUCCCACCUGACACAGCACAAAAUCCCAGAGCCAAAACCCCCCUCAACACCGCCACCCUUUCAGCCCCCUAGACCCACCGACCCCUCUCCGAGCCCCCUGCCCUGCCCAGCCCUGCCCUGCCCCCCUGCCCUGCCCUGCCUCCCAGUCUGAAACACUGAACCUGCCCUUGUUUCUGCAUGCAUCACUCCCCUGCCACAAAGCCAGCAAGCCUACACACAGCUGUCAGUCAUUAUGCACCGACAGACUGACAUACAGACCUACAGAGAGACAGACCUACAGAGAGACAGACCUACAGAGGGACAGCUAACUAUAGGAAAACAUCGCCCACAGAGCCUAAACUAUACUCAGCCCAGUGCCACGUGACAACAUCAAAGCAAGAGACACUCGAUUCGAUGACACCAUUUUUUCAUAUAAUUUCUAUGUGACGGAGAAUGUUUUUUAUGUUUGCCUUUGAAUCUCUGUGAAACAUCACUUGAACCUUCCAUUACAUUCAUUCCUUUGUGAUCAUUUUAGACCAUUUGAGGUCCCUCCUCCUCAGAGGGAGAAUUAAACCUUAAAUAUUGAUGCAUGUUUGCUGUAGCCGUAGCUAAACAACCAAGAUUUCUUUCUACAUUUUAUGAAAAUGAAGAACUUUUGUUUUGAGUUUUGCUUCUAUUAUGUUGUUUUGUACUAGCCUUGCCCAAUGUAUGCACAAAUGAAUGUGCAAUUACGUCUCUUUUUUAAUUCCACGUCUAAUUCCCAAUGAGAUAAGAUAAAUUCCUGAUUGACUUGUUUGGUCUUGUGUAGCGUUCUCUUUGUUGGUUAUGGACGCCCCCAUCGGACAACAGUUAUCAGCUAACAAGUCUUUCUCCCUUGAGAUCGCUGCUGUCUGAAAACAAAUGGUGGCAGGUUUUUCAUUCUAUACUGAUGUAUCACAUUACAACUGUGUACCAAAUUGCAUCCUACAUCCAAUCUGGGACACAGCCUUUUCCUCUGCCACCUUUUGUCUACCUGCUGUCAGUGAGGAUGGUAAACAUUAGCACAUGUUGCUUGACUGAGUUUGUUUUUCAACUUAAAAAGGUCACAUGUAUUUUUAUAUUAAAAUGGAAAAUGUCCCUUCCUUUGCUUUUAAUGUACAAUCUCACAUCACGCUGUGCACAUUAAACUUUAAUAUAAUCAAA